CAAUCUAUCAGGGUUAUCUCAAUCAGCUAACUGCAACUACGACAAUGGGAACGAUCGCAGAGCCCGACAAAUCACGCGAGAAGCAGCGAUACAGUAUCGCCAAGAAAGCCGGUCACGAAGCCUAUCACAGACGAAAGCACAUAUUGGAACAGGAACUAGCUGAGGCGGAAGCGCAGUUUUCAGACAUGGAUUGGAUCCGUAAUCCGGAACAAACACAGAAUGCCGAGAAUCGGUUGCAUAAGGAAUUUAGACAGAAAUACUUGGCGUUAGAUCAGGAAGCUCGGGCGAUAAACCAUGACUUACUGCUCACUCACCAGCAACGUGUUUCACAUUCUGUGGGGAAGCGCUUUGAAGCUGCCGCCUUGGCCUGGGAUAACGCAGUUCGUAACGCACCGUCGAACGAAUUUAGACAGAAAUACUUGGCGUUAGAUCAGGAAGCUCGGGCGAUAAACCAUGACUUACUGCUCACUCACCAGCAACGUGUUUCACAUUCUGUGGGGAAGCGCUUUGAAGCUGCCGCCUUGGUCUGGGAUAACGCAGUUCGUAACGCACCGUCGA